GCGUUGUGAGGGGGAGGGGCCGCCAUUUGUCCAGAGUCUCUGUCUUCCCGGCGGCGAGGCCUACAUAGGAGGAGUCAGAGCAGGGGCGCAGGGAGGAGAACCAAGCCCAGAGAGUCCGGAGCUUACGAGUCCGAGCCGCGCUCCGCCCGUCCUUCCGUCAGCCCGGUGCAGGGGAAGGCCCCGUGUAUGAGGAGCCCCCCUCCCGCCCAGUGGCGGUCCCAGGAGGAGGCAGUGUGACACAGCGGCGGGCCCAUGGCGAAGAAGACGUAUGACCUGCUCUUCAAACUGCUCCUCAUCGGGGACUCGGGGGUGGGCAAGACCUGCGUCCUCUUCCGCUUCUCGGAUGAUGCCUUCAACACCACCUUCAUCUCCACCAUCGGAAUAGACUUCAAGAUCAAAACUGUGGAGUUACAAGGAAAGAAGAUCAAAUUACAGAUCUGGGACACAGCCGGACAGGAGCGAUUCCACACCAUUACCACCUCUUACUACAGAGGAGCUAUGGGAAUUAUGUUAGUCUACGAUAUCACAAAUGCCAAAAGCUUUGAGAACAUCAGCAAGUGGCUCAGAAACAUCGAUGAGCAUGCCAAUGAAGAUGUGGAGCGGAUGCUGCUAGGAAACAAGUGUGACAUGGAGGAGAAGAGGGUGGUGCUCAAAGCAAAGGGAGAGCAGAUUGCCCGGGAGCAUGGAAUUAGGUUUUUUGAGACUAGCGCUAAAGCAAACGUAAACAUUGAGAAGGCAUUCCUCACGUUAGCAGAAGACAUACUUCGAAAGACUCCAGUUAAAGAACCCAACAGUGAGAACGUAGAUAUCAGCAGCGGCGGUGGCGUGACAGGCUGGAAGAGCAAAUGUUGUUGAGCCCUUUUAUUUGCAUUGUUCACCAUCCACUGUUCCCCCCCCCCCCCCCCCCCCCUCACCCUUUUCCCCCUCCUACCCAACCACUUCUCGUCCUUGCAGCAUAAACCACUCUGAACCCACCCAUCCCCUCCAAUUUAACCUUUGAAUGUCCCCCCCCCCCCAUCAUAUUAACAUCCUUCUCUAAGCGAGUGCUUGCUGGUCUCAUUCUUCUUCGGGUGUAUAGAGAACGGAGGAAGAUGCAGCUGAAAGUCGAUAAACCAUGUUUGUGACAUUUUCUCAUUUUAACGCUUUAUCCUCCUCCCCUACCCCUCCCCCGUCACUACAUUUUGGUUGUAUCAUGUCCCCUCUCUCGUUCUGUUGUCACUAAGAAAAAAAAAAAAAUUUGGAAGAUGGAGGCACCUACAGCAAUUACUGCUACUAUUCUGGAAAAUGAAAUGUGUAUCACAAUAAAAUUUAGAGUGAAUCA